UGAUAACAGGUUAAUACCCGUAAGUCAGGUCAUUAUUAAUAAGUAAAUGCUUCCAAGUGUUUAUUAUAUAGUUAUUCUUCAAGCGUUCGAGUAUUCAGUUCAUGAAAUGAUGUUAGUUUAUUUCGCGGUAAUCGUCCUGGCCACAGUGCAAGCUGCAGAGGAGAAAUGUGAUGGCGUCAGUAUUAACGGUUCGAUGUACACAAAAGAAGUGUUAAAACCAUAUCUCGAUAGUCCAUAUCAAUUUACUAUCGAUUACACUACGAAUACAUUAUUCUUCAGCUAUUCAACACAAAAUAAAGAUGAAAGAUUCAAAUUGGCAUAUCUAGAUCUUGAAAGUAAAGAGUUUAAUGUUGUUCCCGGUAUUAAAGAUGGAUUUGCGUCAGCUGUUGACCAAGCUACUGGUAAAGUGUUCUUAGGCGCUAAAGGCGGUGUAUACAGUUUUAAUUUAAAAACAAAACAAGCUAAUCUAUUGCAACCAACUAAUCAAAAUAUAUGGCAAAUGUUCUACAAAGAUGGACUAUAUUAUAGUACUUAUCCAAAGGAAGAAGCGUAUUUCAUUAAAGAUGGUGCAUCUAACAGGGUUGAAGAAUUAAAAGAAAUGCGAGCCAUGUUAAUCGCUCUAGAUGAGAACAAAAAUAUGUACUUUUCUAACUCGUCAGGUUUAUUUAAAUACAACAAAUCGAUUAAGGAAAUAUUACCUUUGGGAGAUAAUGUUGUCAAUGGAAUGAACUCAGAUGUGAAUGGUGAAAUAUAUUUCACUUCUCCUAAUGGUAUUUUCAAAAUUAAUGAUAAAUUUAAUACUGUAGAACGUUUAGUUACAUUAGACAAUGUUUAUGCUGCUGCUAUAGAGAAAGAUGGCAAUAUAUUAUGUGGGACAGACGAAGGUGUUGUAAGAUUUAAGAAAAUUAAUAAAUGUCAUUUGUAAUAUUAUUAUUUAUUCUUCAGUUUUAAAUUUGUAAAGUGAAAUU